GUAGCGAAGCAAAGCGGGAGGAAGUUAAAAGCGGGAGGAGUUAUUCGGGCGCCUGCUUUCUCCCUUGGACGGUCGGUGUGUUUGGUUGCUUGGACAGUACUCUAUUAAUGUAGUGUAGGACAAACACACAGCUCUGUCACUGACUGUCCUUGAGAGUAUCAGGGCCCUCUGCGCGUGUCUUUUGAGAGCACACUGUCAGAAGACCAAGAACACUCACACUUGCCCCUUCUUGAAGCCUGCUUUGUGUAACUAACGUAGACGGAAACGGACCUUUUCCGGUCGCAUGCCCACCAGGUGGCACACAUCAGGCUGAUGAUGAUAGGACCAGAGAGAUUUGGGCUUGUGGAGUUACCGCUGCGCUCAGUGAACGUCGACGGUUCACCUCUCCUGGAGUUGGCGGGAGAGGAGCCGUGCGCAACGGGUGACCACCACGAGAUUGAGAGCCUAGUGACAGCGUCGGUUGAGGUGCCUGUGACUGUAGAAUGCAGUGCGUGGGGAGAGAAGAUGCCGUUCCACCACGUCAGGUCUACACUGGUCUACACUGGAAGUCUCCUGACCCGGACUCUGUCUGAGGGGAGCGAAGCCUUCCAAAUCAACAGUAUAUCCACUGAGGAGCUAGGAGAGAUCCGGCAGGCGUUCCGGGUGCUGGAUCGGGAUGGGAACGGGUUCAUCUCUAAGCAGGAGCUGGGCAUGGCUAUGAGGUCCCUGGGAUACAUGCCUAGCGAGGUGGAGCUGGCCAUCAUCAUGCAGAGACUGGACAUGGACGGUGAUGGCCAGGUGGACUUUGAAGAGUUUGUGACGAUACUGGGACCCAAACUUCUGUCGUCUGAUACCAGAGAAGGUUUCCGAGGAAGCACCAUCGAUAACAUCUUCUGGCAGUUUGACAUGCAGCAGAUGUCUCUUGAUGAGCUGAAGCAGAUUCUGUUCCAUGCGUUCCAAGACCACCUGACAAUGAAGGAUAUCGAGAACAUCAUCAUCAACGAAGAGGAGAGCCUCAAUGAGACAGGGAACUGCCCGGAGUACGAGGGAGUCCAUCCUAAGAAGAAGAACAGACAGACGUGCGUGAGGAAGAGUCUGAUCUGUGCCUUCGCCAUGGCCUUCAUUAUCAGCGUCAUGCUCAUCGCGGCCAAUCAGAUGCUGCGGAAUGGCAUGGAGUAGCCAAUCACAAUGUGAGCCUGGGGAGUGGGCGGAACAGUAUUAUAACCUCACUUCCUCUCUCUGCAGUAAAAGAAAAAAGGAAGACAGAGCAGCCAGAACCCAAACACAUCUGUGAAGGACAACUAUAUGUUCUUUUAAAUAAAGUUUGUUUUGAUUUAUACCAUAAACAGACAAGAGGGUGCAAGGCCUGAUGAACAACAAAGUAAAACGAAAAGCCAUUUUUUUCAAGUCACUAGGAGGACUUGAUUAACAUAGAUAGACUGGAAGGGAUGCAAAGCAAUCGUUUUAUAUUUUGUGGGGAUUAUUCCUUUCAUUUCUGUAUCAGAGAAGGCCAGCCGUUUAAAUUAAGAUUGCUUUUCUAAUCUCCCCUUUAAAAGAUUUUCUAAUCAACAGCAAUCUAUUCAAUAUGCAGCAGGUGCUUUGAGCCAUUUCUGAACUUUUGGUUCUGGAGUUCAUAUUAUUUCAGGAAGGCAAUAUAUGAGGAUACUGAUACUGUACUACUGUUCAAUGUUUUAAACUGUAUAUAAACAUGUUAAACUGUUCAUUAAAAAAAAAUAUAUUGUACUAUCUUAUAUUUAGAUUUUAUACCU